ACGUCAUGAGUUUUGUCUUGAGUAGAAAAUGGCUGCGUUAGGUAGUGAACGGGAUUGGGGUGGAAAGGCAAGAUUACUGUUAGGAUUAGGGGUGUUCUUAGGCGAAGGAAAUUCGGCGAGUGGAGUGGAGUGUUUCUGUGAGGGCCACUGCCCUGAUGACAGGCCCAAUGGAACAUGUGUGGGACAGCCCGGUAGCCAGUGUUUCAGUGCGGUUGAGGAGGUUUAUAACUCAGAAACAGGGUUAUGGGAGGAGGAGCGAACAUUUGGAUGCCUGCCUCCUGACGAAAGUGGUUUCAUGCAGUGUAAAGGUCAUCUAGUACCCCACAUGCAUGGGAGGUCCAUAUCGUGCUGUAACUACACAAAUCUGUGCAAUCAGUUCCUGCUACCAGAGCCAGUAAGGGGAAGCACCACACCACGACCAUCACUAAGUUAUGAUGACAGCAUCCCCUAUAUCGCCCUCAUCAUCUCCAUUACUGUUUGUCUUAUCUUAUUCCUCAUCAUAGUUGCGUGCGUUUAUCUUAGGUAUAAGAAACGUGAGGAUCGCAGACAAAUGUACCUGGUACAGACGGCAAGAAAUUGUGACCCUUAUCUGGCAAACAGUGGCACACUUCAGGAGUUGAUAGAUCAGAGUUCAGGAUCAGGGUCUGGGUUGCCUCUGCUUGUUCAACGUACCAUUGCCAAACAGAUCCAGAUGGUACAGUCAGUAGGAAAAGGCAGAUAUGGAGAAGUGUGGCUUGCAAGGUGGCGAGGAGAACGGGUAGCAGUCAAAGUGUUUUUCACAACAGAGGAAGCAAGUUGGUUUCGGGAGACUGAAAUCUAUCAGACAGUAUUGAUGCGACAUGAAAAUGUUUUAGGUUUCAUUGCAGCUGAUAUCAAAGGCACAGGCUCAUGGACACAGAUGCUCCUAAUCACAGACUACCAUGAAAAUGGUUCAUUACACGAUUAUCUUCAGACACAUGUGCUAGAUCUGUCAUCACUUCUCCGUCUUGCUCUUUCUGCUGCAAGUGGUGUGGCACAUCUUCAUACUGAGAUAUUUGGUACCCGAGGCAAACCAGCUAUAGCACAUCGUGACAUCAAGAGCAAAAACAUACUGGUGAAAAGAAAUGGCCAAUGUGCUAUUGCAGAUUUUGGGCUUGCAGUCAGAUAUAUCAGUGAAAGCAAUAAAAUUGAUAUUGCAUCCAACACACGGGUUGGGACACGACGGUACAUGGCACCCGAGGUACUGGAUGAAUCACUAAACACAUCUGCAUUUGAGUCAUUCAAGAUGGCUGACAUGUACUCUCUUGGCCUGGUGUUUUGGGAAAUGUGCUCCCGGUGUGUGACUGGAAACAAACUUAUUGCUGCUGAUGAUUAUCGUCUCCCAUACUUCAACUGUGUACCCAGUGACCCUUCCUUUGAAGAUAUGCAUGAAAUAGUGUGCAUGAAGAGGAUCCGCCCCCACAUACCCCCAAGAUGGGAAUCUGAUGAGGUUUUGAGGACGCUAGCAAAGGUAAUGCAGGAAUGUUGGCAUCCAAACCCAGCAGUAAGAUUGACAGCACUCAGGGUAAAGAAGACAUUAUGUAAAUUGGAUGCAGAUAAUACAGUGAAAAUUGUCUAAUACCGAUGAAAAUAAUGUAGGGGGUGUGCAUGCAAGAUUUUUCACAGACAGAUGUAAGACUCCAGUUAGUGAAAAGUACUGUUUACUCAAGCAAGUGAAAAUACUCAUUAAAAACGGAAUGCUUAAUGUAGUAUGAAACACAUUGUGCAGUAGUUAACAGAGAAUGGUGUUUUGGACAAGUGAGUUUUAGUUCAGUGACUUGAUUUACAUGUGCAGGAAGAAGUGACAUGCUGACAGCCAUGAGAUUGAAGUGGUUGUGUUUUCAGUUUUGUGUAACAGUUAAUAUUGAUUAUGCAGUGAAAUCUGGGUUUAUGUCCCGCUAUAUACAUUACAAGUUUGUAGAACAAGAAAACCUUUUGGUGGCCUUGGUAACUAUUGACUGUGGGACAUUGGUAUAUGAUCAUUUAUUUGUUUGAUACAUGAAGCAAAGACCCUUGUGUUAGAUGACAAUGUAAAUAAGACUAAGAAUAACAGGUGCCUAAGUUAUGUUAAU